AUGAGAGACUCUUUCACGAGGUCAUGGGCCCGUUCCGGGGUGCCACAAACGCGCACUCGGAAGCAAGACAACGCUUUGCUCUUCCUGGACUAUUUACAUGCGGAAGUUGAGGUUGCCGACACCAUCACUAGUUUCUUUGUUCGCCCCGGUGUUUAUUUUGCAUUUCUCGGGAAGUCUACACCGCACGGACUGGUUCCCGAUAGAGAUCAACCUAUGGGGGGUGGGGGGGGCGUGCCUCCGUCGCCGCUAUUUGUCGAAGAGGAAGAGCCAUCGGAUAGCUAUGAGCAAACGGUGCAUGCAGCUCCAUCAAGCGGGCCAACUCACGACUGGCAAGAGGAGCCACAAGAGGAUGGCACCGGACCGAGUGAGGCGCGACCAAGCAUAGCACGCCAGCAACCGCCAAGGAGGAGAAAUGCAUGGGAUCAUUUGAAACGUCGAAGGCGGAAAGUUCGUAUGCGCGGAGUUGCUUCACGCCCAGCGACGGAGAGGGAAGAGGAGCAAGAAGAACCCAUAGAGUGGGAAUUACUGAACACGGAAACUCAGGAUCACGAAACGUCAGACCAAAGCAGUCCUCACAAUGAAAAUAUUUCCCUUCGGGAAUCAAUUAUCGAACCCACGCCAGUCGAUUCCGCACCGUCUGCUAUGUAUGAUGCCCAUGGUUCUACUGGUGCAGGAGAUGCAGAUGCUGCCAGUGAUUGUACAAGGAUCUCUAUCGAAGCAAAUGGGCCUGCACACGAUCCGGAUGAAGGAGGAUUGAUCGUGGUGCCCAACCAAGAUGAUGCUCUCAAUGAUCCGGCGAAGAUUAAUAAUGCACUCCCGCCGGCGUCCCCAGAAUCCGAGCCCACUCAGUCAUCAACUACUGUGGCGCCCCCGGGUAGCAAGCGUUGGAUGCAUACCUCGCCCACUUACAAAGAGCUCAGGAAGAGCAGGAGCGAUUGGAACAGGAAUUGGAGACUGCCUUCAGGGCAUCCGCCCCGAGUAGUGGACCAACAAAACUCACCACAGCUGGCCUCUGAUGAUGAGCCAGCGGUACCAGUGCAGACUGACAGGGAGCUCACAAUUCCUGCUAUAAACGUCACCAGUCCCGAUCUGCCGUCAGUUCCCCUCCAUGACGGUCAGCCUGAAUCCAUAGUGGAGAAUAGUGAUGAAGGAACAUUGGUUUCCCGGGACGUUAUCAGAAAGCAUUCUAGCCACCCCUCUUCCACAGAUGAUUCUGGGUCCACAGGAGCAGUGUUGCCUCAACCACAGCCAGGGCCGGUUGAGAUUCAUUUCUGGGCGUUUGAACGAGAACAGUGGAGGCAGUGCGAUCGUCUGCUCGUCAACCCGUCAGAUCCAUCACCGCUAGAGCGACUCGCACGAAAGUAUACGUGGAAGGACUAUUCGCUGAAUGCCAUCUUCAUGAUUUCUGAGCAUGAAGAGCAGGAACUUAUCGCGGCAGGGCGACUCACCAAGAAGAGACAACUGCUCGCAAUGAUUUCCCGAGCGCUGGAUAGGGUAGAAGAGGAGACCGGUUCAAUUCCGCCGGGUCGUUUUGGGAAGCAGAGACAAUCAUGA